CACGCAUGCGCAGUGCGCGCCGGGGGCAGUGUCCGUCGUGUCUCCGAGUCGCUGUAAAGAACGCCGCCGCUUCACGCAGCCGCCUUUUCAGCCUUCCCGCGCCUCCCACCGUCGCCUUCUUCUCGUCUUCUUCCGUCCCUGCCGCAACCUCGCCGGCUCGAACCAUGGCGAGCUGCGGAAUCUUGUCGUCCAAGACCGUGCUGGUCUUCCUGAGCUUCGUAUUCUGGGCGGCGGCAGCUGUGUUCUGCUACGCUGGCGCCUACGUGUUCAUCACCUAUGACCGCUACGACCACUUCUUCGAGGAUCGCUACACCAUCCUGCCGGCGCUCGCCAUUAUCGUGGCCGGAGCUGUGCUGCUCCUUAUCGGCGUCAUCGGCUGCUGGGCUGCUGUCAGGGAGAGUCGCUGCGCCCUCGCUUCCUUCGCCCUGCUGCUCCUCAUCAUCUUCUCUCUGGAAGUGGCUGCAGUGGCGCUUGGCUAUAUUUACCAUGGCAAAGUUGAGGUUGAGGUGCAACAGAAGAUGCACAAAGCUUUCCAAAACUACAUGGGGCCAGAUUAUGACCCUGAAAGCCGUGCUGUGGACUACAUGCAGAAAGAGCUGCAGUGCUGCGGAUUUGCGAACUACUCUGACUGGAACACCACUGAGUGGGCACGCCGCCACAAGUACAACAGUGUUCCUUUAAGCUGCUGUAAGCGCUCUGCCAAGAACUGCACCGGAUUACUGAGCCUGCCCGCCAAGCUGUACCAACAGGGUUGUCUGCUAAAGCUGGGAGACGAAGUACAACAGAUUCUCACGUACUUGAUUGGAGUGGCUGUUGGAUUUGCAUUCUUGCAGGUGAUGGGACUGGUGGCGGCGUGUGUGAUCGCCUGCCGAAGAAAGCACGAUGAGAAUGAGCGUGCCUACGAGCCCCUGCUGUCGGAUGGAACCUACGCAUAGUCUUCCAUUGCAUUCCAGAGCCCACGUGACGCCGUGGGAAGGGAUGUUUAAGGUGUUGCACCUUCGUUUAAAAGUUAUUUUAAACAAUAGCUUAUUAACCACAUGCAGGAUUUAUACUCGGUAUAAAACUUUGAUAGUUUCAACACCGAUGGUCUGAAAAUUGUAAGUUUAAGGUUUGGGCAAUGUUAAAACGUACGAUCGAUUCGAAAUCAGAACUUUGAGAGUACUCAUGCAAAGUGGUAGAGCACUGCCUGACAACCAUAUUCUCACUAUUCGGUAUAGAUUUCUUCAUGUGUCCAGAGUGUUUAGGAAUGUUUAGGAAUGUUUUACAGGAAGCGAAAAAGCAUAACUCUUACUGGUCCGACACUGAAUGUCGGUACGUCCUACUUCACAAAUAUCUUUGUUUUGUUUCUGAUCAGUUGCAAUGCCCAAUCCCAAAUGUUCUGAAUUUCAUAGGCACAAUAUGCUGAUUCAACAUUGAGUCAUGCUAUGCUUAGUCUGUGAACACUGCAUCAUCGACAUCUCUGGUGCAAACAAAUCGCUAAUCCGAGCUGCUUGGUCCCCGGCUGCUCUAGAUUAUCAGCGUCCUACUCUGCUUUUAUCUUCAAUGUUUUCAUCGUGUUUUCAUUAAUGUGGGAAUGUGAGCUAUACGAAACACCUUCAUUUAGGAGUUUUGUAAGUAUCGCUUCUGUUUAUAAAAAAACAUGUUCCCUCAUUUGUGCUAAGAAAUUAAGAUAAUUGGGAUUAUUGGUCAUUUAUUUAAAGUAAAUUUCCUUCACUUUAGGUCAUUACUAAUUAAAAUCAUAAUUUGUUCGCUAUUCAAUAAGAGCUUAGAUUUCUUAUUUGUACACUGGGUGGUUAGAUGUCUGAUAUCCUAAAUCUCAUUUGCCUGUAAAUAUAGUAGUAACCAUUUAAUGAAGAUUCACUGAAGGUGGCAGUCGCAUCGAAUAAAUGUGCGGCGGUGGCCUGGUCGUGAUAGACCAUGGCAGUAACGAAUGGGAGCGGCACCAUUGACAUACUUGGCCUUAGACUUGUGGAGCGCAUACUGCCCAAGCACAGUCGUCUCCACGCCAGCAUAAUCAUGACAUCACCCGUUGUCCCGCGAAAAUCAUCUGUCAUUACUUCUUCUAAAUCGCAAGUCCCAUUUGAAUGCAUGAGAUCGACUGCUCUGAUUUUAUCUUUUCCUGUAUCGUUAUUGAGUGUUUCCCUUUGUCACAUCCCCACUGUCCUUAGGCCUCGUUCCAUCGCAUCCUUCCAUCUCACCGUUGGUCUCCCUUUACUCUUGCCCUUACCUCCCAACUAACACAUUUCCUCAUUACUGUACCUAAAUACCUAAAAACUACCGACCUGCUGGCUGACCAUCCCUCUCCUAUCCACAACGUGUGCUCAGGGCAUUGGCUUUUUAAUCUCCUCGGCAUACUUUCCUGCGAUCUCACCAAACCUGGCUUGCACCUCCCAUUUUAAAAUCUGUCAUUGCCAAAAAGCAGCAAACAAAAGCUGCCACACAUGCAAUGAAUUGAAUAUGCUGAUCAAUGAUGUAACCCCCAACUCUUAAACGUCCAAUGGUUCCACCCUGUGUCCCCCAGCAAUUGUCUUGAUCUCAUUGUACAUUUCCCUAACUAUUCUCGCCUAUUUCUCCUGCACUCACUUCUUCCACAGACGUCAAUAAGCAAUCACCUCUUGGCAGUCUGUCAUAGGUUUUCUAUCAUUACGGGGGGCUCUCAGUUAUCAGGUGACUGUCUGCUCCCCGUUUCACCGCAACGCGUUUGCAGCCAGCUCCCAACUCCAGUCUGUCGUUAAAGUUGCACGGUGGCCAGCGUGCUGGUGCCUCAUUAAAAGGCAGCCCAGUAAAACAUUGCGACUACAUUGGGCACCUUGUGAUGCUGCCAAUAUGGGCACGUUAUUUAUGUAGCCACACACUCCUUAAUGCAAUGUUAGUAAUAUUUUCUGCACUUUGGUUUAUAAAUAGUCGACUUAUAACAAGGUAUUUUGUGCAAUGUCCUUUACUCCCACUAUACCAUGACACCAGUUUAUUUGCGUUUGAGCAGAAGUCAAACUAAAACCCAUUAUGUUCAUGAUUGCGAGUUCAUGUACUUUCAUUUCUCUCAACACCAUAUAUAAUAGGUUAUCAUGAAAAUCAUACCUUAUUAAUUCCACAAAACAACGGAUUUUUACUUUAGUCAUGCUUAUUAUUGAAUUGUUUAGAAUUGUAUGCAUUUGAAUAAAAUUGUGCGUGCUAAAUUUUUACUUUUGAAUCAAGUGAAAAUGGAUUUGGCAUUUUAUUUCAACGUUCAUUUGAGAGAAAUAUUGGUUUAGGAUUUGGUAUGGUAUGCAUGCAGGGUCUAGUAACGUUAGCUUUUGAUGUUUCCCUGUGUCUUACAGGACUAAGCUACAGUACUUGCUGAGCAUGACUCGAUACCAACAGCAGACAUUCCUGAGAGAAAGGAAAUAAAUACUGGGCUGGCUGAAUGCAGUGCAGAUUACAUGUUUUGCUUUUCCUUUUAAUACUGCUCCAUUAGGUAUUCAGACUGAUGCUCAUGGUCACACUGGGCAGUACUUUUAUGAUAGUUGAUUAUUUAAACUCUUGUUUCUGGGGGUUUUUUUUUUCAAAAUAUAUACUGGUGUUGUUUGUAGGUUAAUAGUUUCAUGAUGUUUGUGUUUAUACCUCUUGCAGUAGCUAAAAUAAAUAUCAAACACCCA